AUUAUACAUUCCUAUCUCUUUCUCUGUUUUCAUUCUCUCCACUUCACACUCCUCAAAACUCCAAACAAAUUAAACCUUAAAACCACUCACCACUACUACCAACUUUCCUUAUCUCUUCCUUCACUACACAACUUAGAUUCUCUAAUUUCUAAGCCCAUCAAAAACAUGAAAACCAUUGAACUCUUCUGUGCAUCACAAGCCUCAACAGCCAUAUGUCUCAACACCGAUCACGCCUCCUCCUCCACCUCUUCUUCCUCAAACACCAUUCAAUAUGGUGGCCGAGCCAUUGAUCGCCACAACCCCAUCAUCACAGAUCCAAAAAGAACUCCAGCAAGAGACUUCACUCUCCCUGCCUCUCCUUCUCCAUCACCUAUCAACCCAAAAUCUCUCCAUGAUCUCAAAAAGACCAAGAAAAAGAAAACUACUACUACAAAGAAAAGUACAACAACAGCUGAAAAUUCCACUGAACUUAAACAUAUUGCUAAUAAUUUCUCUUCAAAACCAUUUGACAGUAUUCUAAGAAGGAGUUGGGUUAAACCACCUUCCGAUUUAAUCACUCCUCCUUCUUCAAGAUAUUUGCUUGAUGACAUAACUUCUUUGGAAGCUGUUUUAGAUUAUGACCCUGUUUUGGGUUCCACUAAAGUUGAUGAUAACAAAAAAAAGGCUCAAGUUUCCGUUGAAGAUGAAAAUAAUCAUUCAUCUAAACAACACUCCACCUCCUCUGCUCCAAAGUCUAGCUCUACAAGCCAGGUUGUGGUGUUAAGGGUUUCUCUGCACUGUAGAGGUUGUGAAGGGAAGGUGAGAAAGCAUCUCUCAAGAAUGCAAGGGGUGACAUCCUUCAACAUAGAUUUUGCAGCAAAGAAGGUGACAGUAGUUGGAGAUGUGACUCCAUUGAGUGUAAUGGCAAGCAUAUCAAAGGUGAAAACUGCAAAAAUUUGGCCAGAAACUGCUUCACCAAAUGGAUCUGGUGCUGAUGAAACAAAGAAGACAAAUAGUGUGAUCUAGUGGAAGAGAAAAAUGGACUGUUGGUUUUUUUGUAUGCUUUUGAGUAUGAGUUAGGUAGUAAUUUAAUUGAUGUAAAGGUUAAUGUAAUCAAGUGAAGUAGUGACUUUGAAGAGGUAUUAUAUUUAUAUGUUUAAUCGAGCUAGUUCGUGUAAUAAUAUAUAAUAUAACACGAGUGAAUGUUUUGAAUGAUGAUGUUUAAAGCCAAA